AUGUAUCUCCCUAAGUCCAGUUGCUGCAAGUCAGCUCUACUGUAUAGUGUUCUAUGUUACGUCUCCGUUGCUGCAAUCGAAUUAAACGUCGAUGAUGUUGAUUCUAUACGGAGUGCUGCUGCCACAGCUGCCUAUGGACUACAGGCCAUGUACACCGGCAACCGCUCUGGCGGUGUUCUUGGCAAAUUUCCAUAUCCACCUUUCUACUGGUGGCUGAGUGGUGCAGUGUGGGGUGGUAUGGUAGAUUACGAACACUACACUGGCGACCAAAGCUAUUUCAAUGUGACAUAUGAAGCUUUGGUCUCGCAGAUAUCACCAACCUUAAAUUACCUACCCAUCGCCGAGAAAUUCGACGAGGGAAACGAUGAUGUGGCAUUCUGGGCCUUUGGGGCAAUGUCGGCAGCAGAGUACGGUUGGCCAGAGCCACCGGAGUCAUAUCCAACGUGGCUGGGAAUUUGCGUCAACGUUUUUAAUGAUUUCGUAGCCCGCUGGGAACUUGCCAGUAACACUUGCGGUGGUGGUCUUAAGUGGCAGAUCUUCGAGUCAAGCGCGGGGUAUUAUUACAAGAACUCGAUUUCCAAUGGUUGUUUUUUCCAACUUGCGGCUCGCCUCUGGCGUUACACUGGAAACUCGACAUAUUAUGAAUGGGCAGAGGAUGUUUGGACUUGGUCCACAGCUAUAGGCCUCGUCAGCAAUACUGACGGAGACUACAUCGUGUUUGAUGGUGCGGACGAAACCCUGAAUUGCACUUCACUUGAUCAUACUCGGUGGAGUUACAAUUCAGCGGUAUAUCUGCACGGGGCUGCGGUGCUUGCAAACACGACCGUUCAACCCGACGAGUGGACAUCUCGGACUAUUGGACUCCUAAACGGAGCAUCUGCUUUUAUGUCACCAUUUCCAAAUGCGACGAACAUUAUCUAUGAGCAGCAAUGUGAACUGACGUGGGAUUGUAAUGUGGACCAGUACAGUUUCAAGGCGUAUUUGUCUCGCUGGUUGGGCCAGACAAGCAUUCUUGUUCCGCUCACCUCGGAAAAGAUUCGAGAAAUAUUGAGGGCUUCCUCGGUUGCUGCGUGUGCUAUAUGUACAGGCGGUGGCGACGAGAUUACCUGCGGCGCAAGGUGGUAUAUCGAGCGGUGGGAUGGCACAUCGGGCGUUGGGCAGGCCCUGAGUGCGAUGGAGGUACUUACUGCUUUGCUUGUGAGGUAG